UAACUUGGAAGAUAUUUGUAAAAACCUAGGGUUGCCUACAGAAGGAGUAAAGACAAAAUUGAUACAAAGAUUAAAAACACACUCAAAUUUAUUAACAAUACCAAAUAGAAAUUUGAACUUAUCAAAUAUAAGAGAAAAUGAAGCCUGUAAAGAUAAUACUGUCUCAGAUAUUGAUCAGCAUAAGACUAAUUUGAAGGCAGAUAAAAAUGUUAUAAUCAACAAUUUAAGAGAACAAAUAUAG